UUUAAUAUACCUAUAUUAAACUUUUUCUCCUUUAAUUUCAGACAAGUAAUAGUUAAAAUGUUCCAAACAGCAAAAAAUACAUUAACACAAAAAUAUUCUCAAUUUAUUCAAAACACAACAAAAACAAAAAAAUUAAGAAAAAGGAGUAAUAAAACGAAUAGGCAAAGUCCCAAAACAAUUUUGUUUGAAACAUUUUUUAUUCUUUUCGCAACAAUUAUAGUAAGCGAAUCGGCAACCUUUCAAAGGGUACAUCACUAUAUUGAACGGCGCAGCCAAAAAAUUGAAGGAACAAAUUUAAAUUUGGGGAAAAUUAUUUUUUCUGAAGAAGAAAAUACGGAGGAUGAGGCAGAACAGGAAAAUAAUAAGGAAAGCAUUGAAAUUAUUGAAACUUGCGAUAUUUACGAGAAUGAACAGUUGCAUGGUUAGUUUAUAUGUAGAAUACGGUUGAACCUCAUUAGUGUCGCCUUUUGAGAUUAGAGGGGGUUUGAGUUCCGGAUGUAGUGAGUUCCGGAUAGUGAGUGAGUUCCGGAGUGAGUUCUAUAGUGAGUUCCGGAUAUUGAAUUCCGUGAAGUUGUGAGUACCGGAUGUAUGAGUGAGUUCCGGAUGUGUGUUCCGUGAGUUCCGGAUGUAAUUAAAAAGGAUUGGAAAUUUCUUUUGCCUUUAUGUGG